AUUCAUUUUUUUAUUUUAAUAAUAUAUGUAGGUGAUUUUAUGUUGUUUAAUUUGAUUGUUGUUAGAGGAUGGCGUCGAAGCGAAUUCUGAAAGAGCUAAAGGAUCUUCAGAAAGAUCCUCCUACUUCUUGCAGCGCUGGUCCGGUUGGCGAAGAUAUGUUUCACUGGCAAGCAACACUUAUGGGUCCACCUGACAGUCCCUAUACCGGUGGACUGUUUCUCAUUACCAUUCAUUUUCCACCUGAUUAUCCAUUUAAGCCACCCAAGGUAGCUUUUAGGACAAAGGUUUUCCACCCAAACAUCAACAGCAAUGGUAGCAUUUGCCUUGACAUUCUGAAGGAACAGUGGAGCCCAGCGCUUACAAUCUCCAAGGUGUUGCUGUCGAUCUGUUCACUGCUGACUGACCCUAAUCCCGAUGAUCCUUUGGUGCCGGAGAUUGCUCACAUGUACAAGACUGACAGAAACAAGUAUGAGACAACUGCUCGGAGCUGGACCCAAAAGUAUGCCAUGGGUUAGUUGCUGUGCCUUUGUGUCUGGAGGGUCUCCUUUCCCUCUGUGUUUUUGGGCAUUAUCAGUAAUGUGUUAAGAAAUGAGGUGCUUCUUAUGCAUUAUCAGUUCAAGAGGAAAGGUUGUGUUGUUACCUCUUGAAACACUUAAAUUCUGUCUUUUUGGUUUGUAAGAUUCUAACGGCUAUGUAACUCUAUGGAUGGGUUAAAAUUAAGCUGUUUGGCACUUUGCAUAUGCUUUUGGUGAUC